UAAUACGGUGCAUUACAUCGCCUUCAUCAGAUUUGUUUGGUUCGUCUCUUUUUAUCUCUUCUCAGGAAAUUGCUGUGAUAAAGGAAAUUGAGAACAUGACUGACGAUAGAAGAGUUCACCCAGAUUGUCGGAAUGCUUCGAACCCUUAUCAUGAAUGCAGCGAAUAUUGCUUCAAAAUAAUAGCGGAAGUAAAGAAGCAAAUGAGCAAAGCUGAAGCAGGUGUAUUGCAAGCUAAUACUAUUGAUGUUCAUCGCUCCUCGGUUGUGAGUUCCGAUGGGGGUGAAGGUGCCCCUGAUGAAAGGGAUGUUGUUGAAAGUCACAGUGAUGCAGAUGAUCAGGCUGAUGGAGAGGAUAAUAUGGGACAAGACUCCGCGAAUCUCACAGGGAGGAAGAAGAAGUUAUUUGAAUUGAGGUUAAAAAUGAAUGAGGCAAGAAAAGCUAAUCAAUCUGCAAUGGUAGCAGAGAAGAAAAAAACAGAAGCUCCACCAGAGUCUAGGGGAAUGUCCAAGCAAAAAUGGAUCGAGGAGAGGAAGAAGAAAAUUGGGAAGUUGUUGGAUGCCAAUGGGUUAGAUAUGAGCAAGGCAUAUAUGCUAGAUACACAAGAGUCUGCAGAGGUUAAGUACAAGAAGUGGGAGAAGGAGCCUGCUCCAGCUGGUUGGGAUGUUUUUAAUCAGAAGACGCUAUACGAUGCAUACAAGAAGCGCACAAAGAAUGUUGCUGUUGAUGUAGAUGAGUACAAUAGAAUGAAGGAAGCUGACCCAGAAUUUUAUCGAGAAGCUUCUAGUCUACAGUAUGGGAAGGCACCAAAAUUAUCAGACGACAAGAUAGAGAGGAUGGUGAAGGAGCUCAAGGACAGGGACGAGAAGCGCCAAUCAUUUAGUCGGAGGAGAAAGUUCCAUGAAGAGAAAGACAUUGACUCUAUUAAUGAUCGUAACGAGCACUUCAAUAAAAAGAUUGAGCGUGCCUUUGGAAAAUACACCUUGGAGAUCAAGAAUAACCUUGAGAGAGGAACUGCUUUGCCUGAUUGAGGUAUUAACAUGCCAUGUCAGUGUGUGUUUUUCUGUAUCCUAGAGCAGUCUUGUGACGGGGAUGCUCCUUGAUCUGUUGCUUUCCUGUAUCAUGAUUUCAGUUAAUGUCAAUUUCUCUCUCUCAACCUGAUGCAAAUGCUUGGUGGUGGUUAAUUAUGGUUCAUCUUAUAAACCUCAUUAUUAGCAAGAAACUUUUUUAUUAUUGACAACAAAAAUGUAAAUAUCUAAUAUCCUUUCCCCUCCCUAAAUGAAAAGGUUUGAAUAGGGAAAUGAUCUAUUAAAGGUA